AUGGAUAGUCUUUACUCAAAAUAUAUCGUCCCUAUGUAACCAGAGAAAAAUUAAUCCUAAUCUCCGAAUUCAUAAGUAGCAUUCAACAACAUUCAAUAAUUACUUGAAGAUUACAGUCCUUCAAAUCGUAAACUCAGCUUUUCUGAAUACAGAGGUUAAGAACUAAAAGACUCAUAGCAACUGUCCAGUCAAAACAAAUUGAGUCAAGAUUUCCCAAGCGAGUUCGUCAAUUCUCAAGUGAGAAAUUAUGAUUUAUCAUAAUACUAGAUCAAAAAAGAAUAAAUUAGCAUUGAUAUGAAUAAAAAAGAGUAGUAGGACUUUUAAUUCUUGAAAGACGAUUAGCUGAUGUAAACCAAUACUAUCAUUGAAUCGCCAACAAAGAUAAAUGGAGAUGAUUCGCCAAAGAAGAAUAAAUUUAAAGCCUUCGGGAAUUUACUACUGAGUAUUAGAAGAAUGUAAUAGAACAUAGUGGAACAUAUUUCUAAUCUAGAUUAAUUAAAAGAAACAAUGAUACAACCAUCCACCAACAUGAAUGUGUCUAAAAUACAUCCAGAACCCUCAUCAAGAGAUUGUGAAAAUAUAAAUGAAAUCUUAUCAAACUUGAAAUUAGUAGAUAGAUUCAUUUAUUAUUGUGAAUAAGGUUCCUAAUCAGAUAUUCAAAAUAUGAUCAAAUUAUUAAAAGUGUAUCCAAAAAAACACUUGUAUUGUCCUACUGAUCCGAAACAUAUACUAAAUUCGUUCAAUAAGUUUGGAUAGAACUCUUUAUACAUAUCAUGCAAAAAUGGCAAUAUUGAAGUUAUCAAAUUCUUAUUAGAUUAAUAAGCCAAUCCUUUUAUAAAAAGCAAAGUCUAUGAAAACUUUUAUGAAUCUCCUUUAGAAGUCUCAAUUAGAUGGAAUCAUUACAAUUGUGUUCAAUUAUUACUAGAUAAAUCUAACUAUUCAAAUAAAGAGUUAAAAGCAGCCAUUCGAUAAACUUCAAAUCCUCAAAUAAAAUAACUCAUUAAAUCAAAUCUCAAAGCAGACACUCUUUGCUGUUUUUGA